AUUGCAGUCUCGCUUAAUAGCAAGACAGCUGGGUGGACCGACAGGAAUGCAAUGACAGGUCAUUUGUUGUUAGCCGAUCCGCUAACGUCACGCCAUCCUCGGCUGGGAUUGCUACCAAUUUUAUAUUGCACAAAUAUGUGGACAGAAGGGUCGUUAUUUAUUUUCUUCGUUACUAAACCUGCGUGGUUGAAACUCGUCUGUCAGCCUGCCCCGACGACCUUUAAAUGUUCCGGGUUUCCCCGAGUAUUAUCGGUCAAAACAGUUUACACUUCCUCAUAUUUGAGAUAUUUACACUGUAUAUAGGAACGUUCCAGACAGAUAGCAUUUACGGAAUUACAAUGCAAGUGAAAUAUAACAUCUGACAUUUUUUUGCAUGCAUCAUCUCCCAAUUGAGGACACUCGACAAUGAGCUAACAGUGUAGUGAAUUGUGUUUGUUACUUUGUUGCGCUCCAGUGAAGGCCGACAAGGGGUCUUUUGAGAGAGACGCACCAGUCCCCGGGCGGGUCUGCUACCCCGGCCAUAAUCUCCUCUAGCCUAAUAUUAGCUAUCUUUCUUGUAGGAACAGUAUGCACUGGUAUUGUGAUAAAUGUUUACGAAUUUUCUUCCUGGAUAUGUCACAUGAGAGAGUCACAUGGAGUCCCUUAAGUAGCCUAUCUCUUUGCUACACGUCAGGGUGUUAGACUCGAAUGUCUUGUUUGUAGACUUGAUUUUAAGGGCCCAAACCUCAGUGUGCAAUGCCAAGCCUGCGUGAUGAGUUGAAACAUUGCACAUCACGAUUUAGCAGUUUAAGAUGUGUAGUUUAACUGCAGAGAAAAGUGAGGGAGUGGCGAGGUGGUGAGAGGCAGGAUGAGUGGCGCCGCUCUGGGCAUCACCAUCGUGGUGGUCUUCUUCCUGGCCCUCUUUCUGCUGCACCGCUACGGAGACUUCCGGAAGCAGCAGCGCAUGGUGCUGUUUGGCACCCUGCUGGCCUGGUACCUGUGCUUCCUCAUCGUCUUCAUCCUGCCGCUGGACGUUAGCACGACCAUCUACAAGCAGUGCAUCAUUGACCAUGAGGAGCACACGGUCACUCCCACUGUAAACACAGUCCUGUCCACUGUAAACACAGUCCUGUCCAAUCAGACUACAGGAAACUCCACAAAGAGCUUUCCCAAGGCAUGCCACAAGCCAUGGAGCUACAUUCCCGAUGGGAUCAUGCCCGUGUUCUGGAGGGUGGUGUACUGGACCUCGCAGUGUCUCACCUGGUUGCUGUUGCCCUUCAUGCAGUCGUACGCCCGCUCAGGCGGCUUCUCCAUCACGGCUAAAGUCAAGACGGCCCUCAUAGAGAACGCUAUUUAUUACGGCACCUACCUGCUGAUAUUCGGUUCCCUGCUCAUCUACGUGGCCGUUCACCCAGAGUGGCACCUGACAUGGUACGAGCUGCAGACCAUCGGUAUCACAGCUGCCAACACCUGGGGUCUGUUCCUGCUGGUGCUGCUCAUGGGGUACGGCCUGGUGGAGAUCCCGCGCUCCUACUGGGAGGCCUCCCGCCACGGCCACCUCCUCAUCAAGACCUACUUCAAGCUGGCCAAGCUGAUGACGGAGAAGGCCGACUCCGAGGAGAACCUGGAGGACGUCAUGGAGGAGGUGAGAAAAGUCAGUGAGGCUAUCAAGUACAACCAUCCACUGAGGAAGAACAUCGACACCAUUCUAAGAAAGUGUCCUGUUGAGUAUCAGGAAAGGUUUGGCAGGAACAUGGAUGACUAUGAGGACUAUGAUGACAAGGAGAACACCUACCCCAGCGAGAAGAGUCUGGCCAAACUCCACAAACAGGCUAUUUACGCCGUGCAGAGACACAACCGCACCCGCGUCCAGUGGCAGAUGCUGCUGGAGGAGGCCUUCCACCUGGAGGACGUGUCCCAGAACGAGAUCAGCUCAUCGCACGAGUUUGUCCACAGCUUCCCCUCGCUGGAGCCGCCGGGCCGGUUCAGCCGCUACAUCUACACGCCCGCCGUCGAGUGGUACUGGGAGUGCCUGCUGAAGCAGUGGUUCUUCCGGGUGCUGUCGGUGGUGCUGACCCUGUUCUCCGUGGCCGUGGUGUGGUCCGAGUGCACCUUCUUCAGCACCAACCCCGUGCUCUCGCUCUUCGCCGUGUUCAUCCAGCUGGCCGAGAGGGACUACAACUACCUGUACAUCGAGAUGGCGUGCUUCAUCACGAUCUUCUUCCUGUGCACCUGCGUGUACUCCACUGUGUUCCGCAUCCGAGUGUUCAACUACUACUACCUGGCCCCGCACCAUCAGACCGACGCCUACAGUCUCCAGUUCAGCGGCAUGCUUUUCUGCCGUUUGACUCCUCCUCUCUGUCUGAAUUUCCUGGGUCUGAUCCACAUGGACUCCGCCAUUUCCCAUCAGGCCAAGGAGCAGACAGCCUACACCUCGAUUAUGGGUUCGAUGCGCGUCCUGUCUUUCAUUGCCAACGGCUUCUACAUCUACUACCCCAUGCUCAUCGUGCUGCUCUGCAUCGCCACGUUCUUCAGCCUUGGCACUCGUUGUCUGAACCUCAUGGGCUUCCAGCAGUUCAUGGGAGACAAUGAGCUGACCUCAGAUCUGAUUGAUGAGGGCAAAGAGUUACUCCGGCGAGAGAGAAGAAAGCGACAAAGAACAGAGGAUGGGGAAAACCGGAGAAGAGAGUGGAGGGAGCGCUAUGGCAACCGGGAACAGAAUUCACCAAGGAACCGGAACGUUCAGCAGUCUGAGAUGAAGGAGACCAACUACUCCGACUCGGCCAACGCCAGCACCGGCAGGCAAGCCAAGUACACUCGGACCAGCCAGGUGGAGAGGGACGGCAUCGAGCUCCUGGAGGACGCCGAGCCUCUGGACUUCAGUGCUGACAUGCCCUCAGACGACCCACUGGGGGCAGAUCCUGGCAGAAAACCUGGUGGGAGGUACCUGUCCAUGUCGUCUUCACGGAGCCGAAUCUUCGAUGACGUCUGAGACGAACCUGAAAACAAAAAACAAUAGACGGAAGAAAAGAAUGAAGAGAAGCAGUCACAGAGCCGUGCUCCUCUUCCUCUCCCCCACCAGCCCAGCGCUCAGAGAAGGAAUCAGGGCCGUAACUAGAUCUAUGUGUGUGUGUGUGUGUAUUCUGUGUC